CGUUCGGCAGCUUUUUGCAGGCGUCUGAGACUCACCGAUCAAAAUCGACGUACAGGCAGCAUCCAUGCGCCAUGCAACUGCAAAAUCCAAUGAUUCGGGCUGCCCUGGCUGCUCACAAUAACACAUGAUGAGGGCAGCCCUCCUGGCGUGCAGCGCCGCCGCCGCAGUACGCAUCAAUUGCACCGUCGCCGUGCCGCAGCGCAUCCGCGCGGGCGACCGCGUCGCGGCACGCGUCGACGUCGCCGUCGCGGGCGCCGCGGCCGAGAGCCUCGUCGUCGAGCUACGCGCCGCGGGGCCAGUCACCUUCGGCCCCGGUGCGCCGGGCCUCGAUCCGCCGGGCGACGCUGGUGAUGAUGAUGUCAUCUACGCCGUGCGCGGCGAGCGGAGGCGCCGCUGGCUCGUGCGCCUCGGCGCGCGGCGGCGGCGCGCCGUGUGGGCACUGUUCGCCGCCGAACGCCCGGACGCCGUUACGCUCCGCGCGCGCGCGGCGCUCGGCGGCGCGACGGCCACGUGCGAGGCGCCCGUCUCCGUCGUCGCCGCGGCGCCGCGCGCUGCGGGCUGCCUCGCGCCAGUGAGUGCCGCGCUCGACGCCCGGGCCCUCGUCGUCGGCGAAGCUACGCGACUACGCGCCCCGGCCCUAUCAAGAGUGCCGCUGCCGGCGGGCCUCUCGCUCCUCCGCGGCGGCCGCGUCGACGCGAGCGGUGUUAUAUUUGUCGACGGCGGCGGCGCCGCAGACGUCGUCGCCGCGUGGCCAGGCUUCUUCCGCGCGCCUGACGGCUGCGCGAACGCGUCUGCGGGCCUCCGGGUCGCCGUCGGUACCGGUCGCGGGGCGGACGGGAGGCUCCGGCUCGGCGACGUCUCGUGGGACUACUCCUCCUUGUAA